AAUUUCAUUUUAAAUGAAUUUCAUUAUAAAAUGUAUGUAACACCAUAUUAUUAACCAUAAAAAAACGUAAAAUAUGAACGAUUUUGAAGAAACAAGACAUCAGUUAUUGACUAUUCCGCCGGAUUUUGUGCCUUACAUGGAAAAACACAGAUUAUAUGAAUUCUUUUAUGAAUUAGUGACUCAAUUACUGAUCCAGCAGCCAGAAGAUCCAAUAGUAUUCAUAAAACAAUGCGUUCAGCACAUUGUACGAAAGCGAGAUAUUCCUAGAGUUAUCCUUAUAGCUCCUCCGAGUUUCGAUAAAAUAACUCUUGCAAAAAUUCUUCAGGAGGAAACUGGUAUUUGUCCUGUUACACUAGAAGAUCUUUGUGCUUUAGCUCCUGUUGAAAACAUGUGCCAUUGCUAUGAUGCUAAUGAGAUCGCAGAAAGAAUGAAGAAAAUGUUAAUGUCGGGAGUACUUCAUGAAUCUGGAUGGGUGUUAGUCGAUAUACCGAGGAACAAACAGGAAGCACGCGCAAUGCAACGUGUCGGCAUAAUACCAACACAUGUAAUACAGAUUAUACCAUCGAGUUCAAAAGGCAAGAUCCAAGAAAAAAAAGAUGCAAGACAGUGCGAUUAUAGGAGAACUCUUCGAGGCUUACGUGAAGCUUAUGCUAAUCUUUUAAUUGAAGUUGAAGCUAGUAUUAAAACGACGAUUCACGACCUGGGCAAAAAUUGCGCGACAUUAAUGAAAAUUAGAAAACAUUAUGGCGCUCCAUCACUCUUUCGCAUCGCUCUCAUAAGUCCUCCAGGAUCAGGUCAUCGUUCUUUAGCAAAACAUAUAUCUGAGAAAUUUAAUCUCGUUUAUGUUAACUUUAACAACAUCUUGGAGCAAGCAUGUUUGGGAGAGACGGCCUUAGGUGAAAUGUUACGAUUAUGCGAGCACAAAUGCGAACCGAAAAUAAAAUCAGAAGCACGAGUACAAAUUAUCGAGCGUUAUAUACUCGGAUCUGACUGCCUUAAGAGAGGCUGGAUCUUGACGGGUUAUCCUAAAACUGUGGAGGAGUUCAAGCUCCUGGAUAUGAUAUCUAUGCCACCCAAUAGAGUAAUCAUCCUCAAAAUAGACAUACAAACGUGCAGAGAAAGACUCUUAAAUCGUGAAUGCAACUUUAUUGCUGGAAGCGAGAACGAUGUCUCAUCGUGGGAAUUUUUGAUGAUGAAACCAGAUUGUAAAUUAGAUGAUAAUCAUUCCAAUGAUUAUAAAGACAUCGUCGAACAAGAUCUUCGGGAAUACGAAGAAAAUAUAAGUGCCAUAAUGCUAUACGCGGGGGAAACUGCGUCCGUAAUAGACGCGACGGGUGAAAGAAAGUGCGUGAGGGAAAGACUGGAAGCCUGUCUGAUACGACCAGCACCAUCCGCGAAGCCUAGGAUUCCCUACCCACCUUCCACGAUUGAUCCAAUGGACAUAGAAUUCGAUCCCGACGACGAACCUGACCCGAGCAUCUUCGAUGACAUCCGCGCGCCGGAGCCUAAAUAUUCUUUCAUUUAACGAUUCUCUAAGUCAUUCCUGUGUGCAAAUAUGAACAACAAAUAACACUUCAGUUUAUAACGUGUAAUCGGACGCGCUCCUGGAAAAUCCUGCUAUCCUGGCACACGAAGCAUCCAAUCUUCGCGACGUCACGACGCGUAAUAUCGCGUAUAAACGAUCAUGGCGAUGGUUAUGACGAUGUAACACUGUGUAACAAUGGGAGCGAUGAUGUAACACGAUCUGGUCUUCGGCACUUAUCAACAACAGGAGCGGAGGACGUUGAAAUUUCUUUCAAUAAAAUAGAAAUUUAAGUUAAAGAAUCGAAUACUUUCACAUCAUUAAUCAUUUAAUUAAAAAGAUAACAUAUUAAAAUAAAAUAAUAAUCCAUACCAAAAUUUGAUUUAUUU